GCGCAGUGUGAAACAGUGGACGCUAUAACAGGAAGAAGCUCCAGCGUAUCAACUAUCAACUACCAAAGUCCUCUGUUUAUCGAGCUUGGCAUGAAUAUAUUUGAUAGUAACUGGGGUAAAACCUUAAGCUUCUUCACUGUUUUUGUUGUGGCUCUCGCUGCUGUUUUUAAUUAUCUGGAGAAUUCAGAGACUGACGAGAUCCCAAGAAUGGAUCUGAACGCGAUGGAGGAGAAUUACCGGCAGAAGAACAGAACGUGCUUCAUUCUCGGCGCUUCCGGUGAGACUGGAAAGGCCCUGCUGAAGGAAAUAGUCGAGCGCAACAUCUUCUCCAAGAUCACUCUCAUUGGACGAAGGCAGUUAACCUUUGAGGAUAAAGCCUAUGAAAAUCUGGUGCAAAAGGUGGUUGAUUUUGAGAAGCUAGACGAAUACGCUGAGGCUUUUCAUGGCCAUGAUGUUGGAUACUGCUGUCUAGGAACAACCAAGGCCAAAGCAGGAGCUGAAGGGUUUGUGCGGGUGGAUCAUGACUACGUACUCAAGUCUGCAGAACUUGCCAAAGCAGGAGGCUGCUCACAUUUUCACCUCGAAUCCUCCAAAGGUGCAGACAAAACCAGCAGCUUUCUCUACCUGAAAACUAAGGGACAGGUUGAAGCCGAAAUUGAAGACCUUGGGUUUGAGCGUUUCUCCGUCUAUCGACCAGCGGUGCUCUUAGUGGACAGAGAGGAGAGCAGGCCAGCUGAAUGGGUGGCCCAGCAAUUUCUUGGUGCAUUCUCCUCUGUUUUCCCUACAAUGUCUAUUUCCAUCACAACAGUGGCCAGAGCUAUGGUUGUCAACACGCUUAAAGAUGGAGAAAAGAAAGUGGAAAUUCUUGAAAACAAGGCCAUAUGCAAUUUUGGAAAAAUUGGAGCCAAAAAAUAAGACUUUUAUUUUCAAUUUUUUUUUACUUAAGUGCAAUUCUGGCGUGGUGUGAUUCUUCAGCAGGAUAAUCCAAAAUUAUACUGCAGUUUACUUGGAAGCAAUUAUCAUAUUAAGUAUUUUAAAAACAUAUUCAAAAUAUAGUACUGCUUGACGCUAAUUUAGUAUGUGCUGUGUUUCUGUAUGCGUUAUUUUUGGGUUUUGGUGCUUUUUUGUUAUGUAAUUUUAUAUUGCUCAGGAAAAAUAAAUUAUAUUCAUAGUU